GCGCUGACCGUGGCUCGGGGAGCAGAGUGGGCACCGGGGAAGGAAGGCUGGGUCCCUUAUGGCUCGCGGGCCCUGCUCCUUCUCUUUGCUACAGCUGCUGUCAUGCUGCCGUUGUGCUCAGAGAAGACCCUGAGCGAGAUGCUGACCCGCAAGGAGGAGGAGUGGCGGGUGCUGCAGGCCCGUCACACCCAGAUGCAGGAGGCAGCUCUGCAGGAUGCACAGAAGCAGCUGGAAGAGGCCCAGGGGAAGCUGCGUCGCCUGCAGGAGGACUUCCUUUACAACCUGCGGGUGCUGGAGGAGCGGGACCUGGAGCUGGAGCACUACGACGCGGCGUUUGCCCAGGCCAGGGGGCAGGAGGAGGCCCGGCAGGCAGAGGUGAGCGAGCUGAAGGUGGAGGUGGCCAGGCUGAAGCAGGAGCUGGCCAGAGAGGCCAGGCGCAUGGAGGAGCUGCAGCAGCAGCAGCAGCGGAGGGCGCAGGAGCACCACCAGGAGCUGGAGCGCGUCCACAGUGACAAGAACGGCGAGAUCAGCCACCAGCGGGAGCAGUAUGAGAAUCUCAAGUGGAGGCUGGAGAGGAAGCUCGAGGAGCUGGACGGCGAGCUCGCUCUGCAGAGACAGGAACUGCUACUAGAAUUCGAAUCUGAAAUGCAGAAGAGGGAGCACGAGUUCCGACUGCAGGCUGAUGGCAUGAGCAGUGUGGUCUUGUCCCAGGAGCUCAAGGUUAAACUACUGAGCAAGGAGCUGGAGGCUCUAAAGGAAGCUGGGGCCCAGGCAGCAGAGUGUCUGCAGAGAGCGGAGACGGCCAACGCCGAGCUGGAGAAGCAACUGCAGGGCCGCGCCUGGGAGCUGCGGGAAGUGGAAGCCCUGAAGGACGCCCGGAUAAAGGACUUGGAGGAUAAGCUUCACUCUGUGCAGCUGACCAGGAAGAAAGAAGAGGAGACAUUCAAGAGGAAGCACGAGGAGCUUGACCGUUUGGCCAGGGAGAGGGACGCGAUGCUGGUGGCUGUGAAGGGCACACACGCGGAGCAGCUGCGGGCACUGGAGGCCAGGGUCCUGGAGCUGCAGGCCCAUGGGGACGCCCUGGAGGUGCAGCUGCGCAGGGCUGAGUGGACUCAGGCUGACGCCGCCAGGGAGAAGGACGCUGUCAUUGACAGGCUCCGUGAAGACGCAGCUGCUCUCAAAGCCAGCUGGGACGCCCAGGUCACUCAGAUGUCCAAGGAGGCCGUCGCCAAAGACCUUCAGGUUCAGACACUGCGGGAAGAGGAGGUGAAGCUCCAGGCACAGUUGGCCCGACGCCAGCAGGAUGUGGCCAGGUACAAGCAGGAACUGUCCCUGGCAGUGGAAAGGGAGAGGAACCUGGGGCGCGACCAGGUGCAGCUGAACCUAGACUGGCAGCGCCGCUGCGACAGCAUCGAGAGGGAACAGAUCCAGAGGUCUGAGGCCUUGAUCCAGGGCCUGCUGGAGGCCAGGGAUCAGGUCACUGCCAAACUCCAGGAGACUGAGCGGGCCCUGCGUGAGCAGGAGGCGGUGCUGAGGGCCGUGACCCUGGAGCGGGACCAGGCUGUGGAGGCGCUGCAGGCACAGGGACUCCUCCCUGUGAAGGAGGCCCAGCCCCAGCCCCAGCAGCACAAAGGGGAAAUCGGUUCAGCUUUUCCAUCCAGUGAAAUCCAGCGGCUGCAAGACCAGAACACGAGCUUGCGGAAUGCUGUCGCUCAGAUGAGGAGGGAAAUGGAGGCGCUGAGCGGGGAGACUCUUCCUUCUGCACAGUCGGGAGAGAACGCAUGCACACACCUGCCCGAGGCCGAGGCUGCGGGGGACACGGCCCCUCCUCGUUACGUUCUGGCCUUGGCAGCAGAAGUGCAGAACUUGAAGCACAAGCUCAGCGCCCUGGAAGGAGAGCUGGCCGGCUCGCCGGGGCCUCCGGAGACAUCCUCGGGGGACGCCAAGCUGCACCGCAGCGCCCUGGAAGGAGAGCUGGCCGGCCUGCCGGGGCCUCCCGAGCUGCACCCCAGCGCCCCCACCUUCACAGAGACUGGAGAGUCUGUCACAGAUGGUCAGGCACCCACUGGACUGGCACUGGCACUCAGGAAGCUCAGAGACAGAGUGCAUCUCUUGAACCUGCUGGUGACACAUCUCAGAAAGAAGGUGCAGCAGAAGCCCCUGGAGCUGGACACCGUCCACCACGAGCUUCCCCGUGAGGUGGGCCAGGUGCAUGUGGAGGUGCUAGAGCUGCAGAAGCAGGUGGCUGAGCUGGAGGAACACCUUGGGACAGCCCGGCAGGAGGGAGAGCAGCCUCUAGGCGGGAGGCAGCUCAGGAGAGAGGGCCUUGCAGAUGAGAGACCCGUGGGGACCAAGGACCAGCUGGGGGCACAGCCCCCGCAGACCUCACCCGUGCCCCACCUGCAGCGGAAACUGGAGGCAGCGGCUAAGAAGAUCCUGCGCCUCCGCCUGGAGAAGGAGCAGCUCCUGGAGAUGGGGAACCGGCUCCGGGCAGAGCAGGGACACCCCAAAGGGAGACCACCCUGUCCUCCCCGGCCUCCCACCCCCCAGGCCCAGGACCAGGGAAGGGCGCCCGAGGCGCUUUGGGACCACAGCCCACCUCUGGGACAGGUGAAGACCCACGCCACCUUUCAGGAGGACCCUCAGCACACCAAGAAAGAGCGUCUUUCUGAAUGCGUGGGCAACAGCCAGCUCGGCUCGGCACACCCCGUCUGCAGGAGCCAGGGCCUUCAAGGCUGGAGGGCGGGCGCAGCAGCCCAGGUGCAGCAGAGGACGCACGAAGCCCCCUGGGUGACCUGCAGACCACCCCAGAAAGAGAAGAGGCCCAGGCAGCCCCUGCAGGCCCCGGUCCCUGAGGAGAACAGCUGCCUCACCCGCGGGUCGUCCUCGCUGGCCAGCAGCUCCCUGCAGGACACCUGGAGGUUGCUAGACCUGGGCUCCAGCCCUUCAGGCCUCCCCUCGCAGGACGACUCAGCUCCAGAGCUGCCUGCCUCGCCAGCUGCCCACAGUCCCCAGGAAGGUGACAGGAGCCCUGUCAAGAUGCAGGUGGCCUUUACCAUCAAAGGGAUGAAGAUGGCAGCUCAGUCAAAGGCCAAGCCCACCAGACUCUCCAAGUCUCAUCCUGCAAGGCCUAAAAGCUGCCAGCAGCCGCCCAGGAUCCGCAACUACAACUGGAAAGACUGACUUCCUCGGCCCCCUGCAAAGUGGGCCCCACCACAGCCUCCCCGUGGGUGCUUGGGGCCUGCCCAUUCACCUGCCUGUCACAGGGGUGCUACAGGUGGCCUGUGGUG